CUUGGACAUUCUAAUAUCUGAAUUCACACCUCAUAAUUGAACUAUCCCGCAUCCCUGGUUGAUCGCUACUGUUGUUAAUGAUCCCAUUGAAAUUAUAUAGUACGUGAACCCGUCUCAAGGGAUCGUCUUGGAGGCAGACUCCUCCAAACGUACAUAACUGAAGCGCCCGCAUCUUGCUUUCUGCUUUAUUUCCAUCUUCUCCUUUCCAAGGGCCAGCUUGCAUCUCGCCGCAUUUACCUUCGAGAAUAUCAGCAGCAGCCAAGUUGGCGCUUGCGACAACACCACUGUUAACGGUCAUCAUCAGCCCAAACGCAGCCACACUUGGGCCACAAACCCCUAUCUCACUCUCAGACCUGCUAUGACACAACAUGGAGUCCUUUCGAAUAUUAAUCUUACCUUCCUACCCAGCGAAAUCAUUUCUGAAAUUGCUGAACAUCUGCCAUCUGUGGAAGACGUUCUAUCCCUGUCCUCUGUGAACCACAUGCUUCGUGAUGCUAUAUCUACCCCAGUUGUAUUCAAACAUCGCGUUGCUUUGCAUGGUUGGGACGUUGAGCCUUGGGAGGACAUAUUGGGUAACCCGAUCCCCGACAAAGAUAUGCUGAGGAGAUGGCAGAAGAUUGAUCUAGCACACGAAAGGAUGGACGAGCUUAUGGAGACGGGCACCCGUAUCAACCCUCCGGAAUUCAAUGCAGAUAAUCCCAUGCCUGCUCUCCCAACGAUUAUGUGGGCUGUUCAUACGCUCGAUUUACUGUCUUUGAUACUCGAAAAUCAUUGUAAGCCCUUGGCUUCUUUACUUUGUGCAAUGUAUGUUUACCUUCUAUCACUGAUUAUGUUAGGUCAUAUGAAUAGUUUGCGUUUAUGUAGCGAAGCUCAUCGCGGGUUGUGGCCCAUGGCAAUCGAGAUACUCGACUUGGCGAAUGACUGGUCCGUGGACGGUAGCCGGGGACGUGCGAAUGUCUUCCAGGAUCUCUAUCGCACACGCUUUCAGACUCUUCACCCAACCCAACAUGCACUGUUUAAUCUUGUAUCAGUGUUGUGCACUCAGGAUACAGCCGUUCUACGCUCUCUAUUCGGGAGCGCGUUCUGCAGUAUCACUACAAUACCCAAAUACCACGUCCUCAUUGACUUGCGGAUGUCUUCCGACGUCACGAACGACAACUACCACCGAUUCUCCCCAUGUAGCCUCUCUUUUGCAAUCCUCUUGCUCCAUCUUCGACUUAAGCCGAACUUCAAGCAUCUGCUGCCUGGUAUCUCAAUGCCCGUCCAGCCCGCUAUGCAUAACUUUCAACUUGGACAGCGGCUUUCCACGUCCGACUUCCCCUUCAAUUCGUUGCUACCAGCAGAAACUCGACCACGAUGGGUUGGAUUUUAUAGCUAUGCUUGGGACGGGACCCUUAUGCUCGACCCUCCCAUGCGCAUUUCAUUCACCUCCGUUGAACAGGAACUCGAUCAAGUGAUUUUCUUCGCCACAGCAAAUGACUCAGUCGGUCCUUUUAAUCUCAGUGGGAGUAUCUCUUUGAAAAGCGGAAAUGUGGAAGCAAUGAAGCGAUAUACCAUGGUAGGAGGACCUGUUUGGCCAUGGGAUGGUACAGUUUUGCCUUGGGGGAUGGUAGGGGCUUGGGGCGAGGACCAUCAACAUGGGUGGUGGUGGAUAUGGCCUGAGCUUGCUUGAAGUGUUCCUUUUACGAGAUCGCCGAUGUUCGUCCUGGCUUCGACUUCUGUUUCGACUCGACAUUUUAUCAUAGUUGGAUAUGAUAUACUCGCUAACUAUCCAUUAAUGGUUGCAAUGAAUAUAGUGUAGAUACUCGACUGCACCAAGUUAUGUGUUUUACAGAGCAACUUUCUCAUCUUUGCUUUGUUCUCACCGACGUUUGUCACGUCCGAUGUCGUUCGCUGAACCUGCGGAUCGAGU